CACGCCGAGGGCGCCGAGCGAGGCGGCCGAGCCCGAGCACCCAUGCUGCUGCCGCUGGCCUGGGGCUCGCUCUUCUUCCCGGGGCUCUUCGGGGUCUGCACCUGGGGGCUGCGGCGCGCGCGGCCCGCCUGGACCCACCACGACUGCGUGAUGAUCAGCACCAGGCUGGUUUCUUCCGUGCAGGCUGUGUUGGCCACCGGGUCUGGGAUCAUCGUCAUCCGCUCCUGCAGCGACGUGAUCACCGACAGGCACUGGCUUGCCCGAGAGUAUGUCUGGUUUUUGAUUCCCUACAUGAUCUAUGACACCUACGCCAUGUACCUCUGUGAAUGGUAUCGAGCCGGGGACCAGAGCAGCAGACAUUCCCUCACCAUUUUUCGAAACUUCCUAAGCAAAAACCGCCUCAUGAUCACACACCAUGUGUUCAUUCUGCUUGUUCUUGUGCCCAUCGCCCAGAAGCUCAGGGGAGAGCUUGGGGACUUCUUUGUCGGCUGCAUCUUCACAGCAGAACUGAGCACUCCAUUUGUAUCGCUGGGCAGAAUUCUGAUUCAGCUAAAGCAGCAGCAUACCCUGCUGUACAAGGUGAACGGAAUCCUCACACUGACCACUUUCUUCUUGUGUCGGAUCCUCCUUUUCCCCUUUAUGUACUGGUCGUACGGCCGGCAGCAGGGACUGAGCCUGCUCCGAGUGCCCUUCCACAUUCCUUUCCACUGCAAUGUGGCCAAUGCCUUCCUCAUCGCUCCCCAGAUCUACUGGUUCUCUCUGCUAUGCAAAAAGGCAGCCCGGCUCUUUGAUGUUCCUCCAGCCAAAAAGGACACUUGAUGGCUCCCAUGAGUCAGGCAGCGAGGCCGCCUCCGCUCAGUAUUCCCUGGACCAAAUUGCAAAUUGUGUCUUGGGUGGCCUCAGCCUUUUGGGUAUUGUUCAGCAGAUGGAUUUGAGUUUUUCUAAACGAUAUUCAGUAUCACCUCCCUCUUCUAACCUGCCCCUUUUGCAAAAGCACUUUUUCCCUUAGUAAUAACUGUUGGAUCCUGUCAGAGCUCCACUGGCAGCGAGGUGGUUUUAGUGCAGUGCCCAAGGAUCCUUCUUUGGGUCUUACCUCCAGGGCUCUGGGAGGUAGAAACAGGGAGUGUGGAGAAAGGGGUACCAAGGUGCUAAGCAGCUGGGCAUCUGCCUGGUCCUCAUAUUGGUGGCUCCCCACCUUUCCAACCACUCAGGGCAGUACCUAGACACUGGGCCAGCAGAAGCAAGUGAUAACUUGGUUCUUUACAUAAUUUUUUGUGUCAUAAUGUACAUAAUGCUGGCCUGGGAAAAUCACUGUGGGUAGGUAGUUUUUUAUUGUUUACUAAAUAACCCGUUGGUCCUUUGCCUCAUUCUCAUCCAUGUGCCAAAAUCCUGUCUACUGACUUCCAAUCAGAAGUCUCUCUGGCAGGGUGCAGUAGGAGGCAGGGAUGGGAGCCUGAAGCACCUGAGUAGGCAGGAAGGCCCGUGGGUGAGCACCUCUGCAGGCUGAUUUGGAAAGACCAAUGUCAAACUUAGGAGCUUGUUGUCAACAGGUAAGAUACUGUUCCCUUUUUAAGCACCCUUAAGCCCAGCUUCUCCCAUAUCCACACAUACAGGAUGCUCUUGUUAAAACUACAGGGGUAACACAAAAUGAUGACUGCUGAGCUAUUCACUGGGUAACCCCACUCUUUGACACUCCUUUUCCUAUGGGGUAGGAUGGACUUCAGUAUUCCAAACCGUGAGAUGUCUCGUCUAGACGGCUUCCUGAUAAGCCAGAGCUUGUGGUCCAAAGCUUGUUCCUCUGAGUUACCACCAUUUAGCCACAGAAGGCUGGAGAGCAAGAGUGCAAGACAGCCCUGGCCCAAAUAUGUUCUGUGGACUGACUCCUACCUACCAUUUGCAAAUAGCAUCCUCUGGUGCCAACACUAAUUAUUCCAUAACAAUAAGGAAGGAUUUUAGAAACUGCUACCAUGGAAUUUCUCCGCAAGUGGUAUCGAAAAACUAGAUUUUUUUUUAAAAAGUGCCUUUAAUUCAUUGUUGUCUCAACUUUUAGAAGUACUGAAUGUGUGACAGUGUCUCAAAUUUUGACUAUUUCAGUCUUUAAUGGGUGCCGUUUAAAAAAAAUGCUGUAAUUUUUUUUACCGUUUUGUUUACUAUCAGUAUAUCUUUAUUAAUCACCCCUGUGGUGAUUAAAUUGCACUAAUAUUUUCCAACUUAAUUCUCAUUUGUGAAAUACAUUAAUGCCGACUCCCAGUAA